AUGGGAGCCGACGGAGGAACUAUCCCGAAACGAUGCGAGCUUGUUCAACAGAAGAAAAAGAAGGAGAAGCUCGAUAAGCACGUGAAGAAUGCGACAAAAUGGAGGAAUUGCCAAUUGACCCAACUGCCACUGAAGAAACCAGUCAUCGCGUGCCGCUUCGGAAAGCUCUACAACAAAGAAGACGUCAUUAAUGCGAUUCUGAGUAAAACUAUCUCAAAAUCUGCCGCCGCCAGUCAUAUCAAGGGACCCCGCGACUUUGUAGAGCUGAAAUUGACUGAAAAUAAGGAUUUCAAGCGGGGCGACGUCAAGGGCGACGACUACAAUGAUGUGAAUCAGACCGAGUUCCUCUGCCCUAUCACCAACGUUCCAAUGAACGGAAUUCAGAGUUUUUUGGUGAAUUGGCAGUGUGGAUGUGUGUAUUCUGAGAAGGCUCAACAAGAAGUCAAGUCGGAGAAUUGCCACGUGUGUGGUGGACCGUACGACGCCACGAAGAUGGUGAUUCUGAAUCCGGAGGAUGAGCAAUUGGAGUUGUACAAACUGAAAUGGGAGGCCGAGAAGGCUGAGAAGGCGGCGGCGAAGAAGGAGAAGGCAAAGAAGACGGCGGAGAAGAUGGAAGCGGCGGCAAUGGCUUCAGAAGGGCCGUCGACGUCUUCUGAUGCUCCAGGACCCAGUGCUCCAGGAUCCAGGGGGAUGGCUAGUGUUGGAAAGAGUGCGGAUCUCGCGAAAAAGCUGGAAAUCGCCAAGCUCGGAGCUGGAGCCUCAGAUCGAAAAGCCGAGAAGCGAAAGGCGACGUCUUCAGACAUUCAAUCGGAUCCAACGAAAUCGGAUACCUAUAAGAAGCUGUUCACCACUUGUGAAGCGGCGAAAAAGAAGCCAGAUGGACAUUGGGUCACCUAUAAUCCAUUGUAUUAUUGA